UUUAUAUUUUAGUGAUAUUUGUUUGGUAACUCCAAAGGUUCCUGUUAACUAAGAAGAUCCGCGAAGAACUUGUCUAUGUUCGGGGUAAAGUAGAUUCUAUGAAAGCCGAUCUGAUGCUUCAGAUGCAAGUUCUGACCGUGACUACACUUACCUUCUAUCAUCGGCAGAAUAAUGUUUCAGGUGGCAACGAGGAGAACAAUUGCCCCGAAGUAACAGAACAAGACACCUCCGAGCAAUCCAAAGAUACAGAGAGUAAUAUACUAAUUCUAUUAUUAAUUUUUUUGAUUUGAUUUAAUUUUAUCACUCAGUUUUGAAUUUAUCUAAUCAGGUGUGACCGAGGGGAGAUGUGAAACAGAGCUCGAAGCAUCAGGGUCAGACACUAUUCACUCUGGGGAACAAGAUAAUUAUAUUGGGGUAAAUGAGCACGAACAGGUCGAAAUGCCACUGCGUAGCUCUCUUGGGCUGGGUAGAUUUCUCAAAACAAAAAUUCCAACCAUAUUUGGACUCCAAAAACGUUCUCCUAUCCCUAUCCCUUCCCCUGCCCGUCCUCCUUCCCCUUACCCUUAUUUACAAAUAAAAAUGUUGAUGAAAGAAAUCCAACUAUGUCCAAUUGAUUUCAAACGGGACGAAUUGGAGAGGGCAACAAAAGGUUUUACAACAGAGACAUGCACAGGUGGUUUUGGGUGUGUUUAUAAAGGAAUUCUAUCUGAUGGAAAACGAGUGGCAAUAAAGAUUUUGGGCAAAGAAAGCCGUCAAGGAGAAAGAGAGUGGAUGAAUGAGCUGAGGACUCUAACAAAGCUACGCCAUCGAAACAUCACGGAAUUGGUGGGAUAUUGCUUUGAAGACGGUAUGAUGUUAGUGUUCCAUUAUAUCCCACGAAACCUGUCAGACGUCAUUUUUGAAGAAAUUGAGAUGAUUAUUGACUGGCCAACAAGACUGAAGAUUAUAUUGGACAUAGUAAGGGGACUCGCAUAUCUUCACGAGGGUGCAGAAGCGUGUAUACUGCACAAUGACAUUAAACCCAAUAACAUUCUUUUGGAUGAGAAUUUCAAUGCCAAGAUUUGUGAUUUUGGCCUUGCUAGAAUACUGCAACCAGAUUGCGCCCCAUCUGUGAACAAAGAGCUUUCUACAAAUUACGGGAUCUUCCUCAAGGACGCAACUGAAUCUGAUAUCACCACAUAUAGGACUGUGGCUGGAACACCUGGUUACCUAGAUCCUGAGUAUUUUGCUACCGGUCGUCCAAGUGUGGAAUCAGAUAUUUACAGCUUUGGAGUGACUCUGUUAAAUAUCGUAUCUAGGAAAAGAGCUACGGAACUCACAGAUGACCUGUUUCUCACUGAACACGCGUGGAGGUUAUGUGAAGAGGAUCGGCUUCAUGAGCUAAUACACCCUCGAUUACUCAACACAGAUGGUUUAACUAAUAUAAGAAGCAUAUUAAGAACAAUAAUAACAGCUCUCUGGUGCACUCAUAAGGAAUCCAAGAGACGCCCAUCAGCGUCACGAGUGUUAAUAAUGCUUUUAUCAGAAGAAAAAAUUUCACUUCCUACCCGACCACUUGUGCCCUAUUUAGAUUUCAGUUGUAAUCGCGCAACAAUGGUGAGUAGUGUGUCUUUGGAAUCAGAGUUACGUGAGAGGUCAGAGUUUUCACACAGAUAUGCCCGGUGUGGAGAGUUGUGAAUAUUUAAGAGCCAGACACAGAAAAGGUU